UCUACUAGCGAUGAAUGGAUAGCUCGCUCGAAUAGAUCACUCUCGUGACGAUCUUCGCUUCUUUGGUUUCGAUGGAUGGAUCUUCAGCGAUGUCUCUCGUGGAUUUUGGCGAUGGAUCGCGCAAAUGCCUGUGGAGGAAGACUAGGGUUUCUUCUUGUCAAUGCUCUUGGCUAGGCGCGGGAGGGAAUCGUCGAUCGAUAGGCGCUUCCUCGCUGGAAAUAUCCAGAUCUCUCGCAAUCAGAUCGGCCUCACAGAAUGCAUCGAUGAGGAUCUUCCCUGCUCGAUGGAUCAUCGCGAGUGGCUGUGGAGGAAGAACACUAGGCUAGGGUUUCUCCUUGUCAAUGCUCUUGGCGCGGCGCGCGAGGCAAUCCUCGAUCGAUACGCGCUUCCUCGCUCGAAAUAUCCAGGCUGCUGCCGCCCCACAGCCGGAGCGUCCAUCCGAUCGCCUCGCCGGCCUCGCAGAAUGCAUCGCCCGGCUCGACGAUCGCUCGCCGGAUGUCAACCACAUCAUGCUCCCGGGCCUCCUCCAGAGCUGCGGCAAGAUGCGCGCUCUCGACCAGGGCCGCAAGCUCCACGCCUACCUCGCCAAGCACGGCCUCGAUCGCGAGCUCGUCCUGGGGAACUUCCUCCUCGACAUGUAUGGCAAAUGCGGCUGCGCGGCCGACGUCGUGGAUCUCUUCCACCGCAUGCGCGACCGCAAUCUCUUCUCCUGGACGGCGCUCAUCGCCGCGCACGCGCACAGCAACGCCAAGAAGGCCGGCGCCGCGGCAGUGCUCGCGAACAGCCGCGAGGCGCUCAAGCUCUUCUCGCGGCUCCAGAUGGAGGGGCUCAAGCCGGAUCGCGUCGUCUUCGUGCACGUCCUCUCGGCGUGCUCGGAUCCCUCGCUGGCGGCACAGGGGCGGGCGAUCCACCGGAUGAUCGUGGAGGAGACCGAUCUAGCGAAGAACACGCUCGUCAACAACUCGGUGCUCAACAUGUACGCGCGAUGUGGGCGAAUGGAUGCCGCCUGGCGGCAUUUUGAGAGCCUGGAGGAGAAGAGAGACGCGGUGUCCUACACGACGAUGAUCAAUGCUUGCGCUGGAAGUGGGCGAUUCCGCGAGGUGCUCGAGGUCUUCUCGCGGAUGGAGGCCGCCGGGAUGGAGCCCAACAACAUGUCGCUCGUCACGGUGCUCAGCGCCUUCGCGAAAGUUGGCAACCUCCACCUCGCUGCCAGGAUCUUCGCGCGGACGGACAGGAGCUACAUCUUCCCCUGGAAUGCGAUGAUCGCGGCCUACGUCCAGCACGGGGACAGCCGCCAGGCGAUUCGGCUCUUCGACGAGCUCCUGGCGCGGAGGAUCGAGCCCAACAGCGUGACGCUCAUGGAAGUCCUGGACGCCUGCGCGAGCCUGGCGGCGCUCAGGGAUGGCAAGCGCGUGCACGCCAUCGCCAGGGAUCACGGAGUGGAUUCGGAGGUGGCGGUGGCCACCGCGAUCGUGGACAUGUACUCCAAGUGUGGCUGCUUGGACGAGGCGGUGGAGGCGUUCGCUCGGAUCGAGCGGCACGACACCGUCUCCUGGACUGCGAUGCUCGCCGCAUUUGCCCAGCACGGGCAUAUCGAUCGAGCACUGGCAACGUUCCAGAGAAUGCAAGAGCAAGGCCACAAGCCCAACUACGUCACCUUCGUCCAUCUCCUCAGCGCUUGCAGCCACAAGGGGCUCGUCGAGGAGGGCCGCAAGUACUUCGAUCUCAUGACCGCGCGCUAUGGCAUCGCUCCAGACGCCCAGCACUACGCGUGCAUGGUGGAUCUCCUGGGACGCGCCGGCUACCUCGACGAGGCGGAGGGCUUUCUCAACAGGAUGCCGGGAGCUCCACACGCCGCGGUGCUCAAAUCGCUACUCUCGGCGUGCCGGAGCUACAAGGACGUGGACCGCGGCGAGAGGAUCGCCAAGAGGAUGCUCGAGAGUUUCUGGGACGAGUCCAUGCCUUACGUGGUGCUGGCGAGCAUCUACCGCGCGGCCGGCAAGUGGGAGGAGGCGGCCAGGAUCCGGAGCCUCAUGGUGGAGCGCGGCGUGAGGAAGGAUCCGGGGCGCAGCGCGAUCGAGGUGGAGGGGAGGGUCUUCGAGUUCGUGGCCGGGGACAUGAGCCACGUCCAGAUGAAUCCCAUCCGGGCCAAGCUCCAGGAGCUGAGCAGCGCGAUGAAGAAGGCCGGGUAUGUUCCAGACACCUCGCUCGUUCUCCACGACGUUGCCGAGGAGGAGAAGGAGCAAGUUCUUCUCUGGCAUAGCGAGAAGCUGGCGGUGGCGUUUGGGCUGCUCAACACCCCGGCCGGCAGCCCGAUCAGAGUGAUCAAGAACCUCCGGGUUUGCAAGGACUGCCACGACGCCGCCAAGCUCAUCUCGGCGAUCGAGCAGCGGCGGAUCGUGUUCCGGGACUUGAGCCGGUUCCACCACUUUGAGAACGGGGUGUGUUCCUGCGGGGAUUACUGGUAGAACACAGUGAGAGCCUGGUCGAGAAGAUUCAAAGGAGCGAAGCUUUACGAGUUUAUAUGAACCUGUCAAGCGCCCAAGAGGCCGGCUCGCUGGUAAACGCACAGGGGGUGGAGCUCGUGAAGAAACUCCACGUCUUGGAAGCCGCCUACUUGCCUGACGCCCGUCCAUCCACGCCGAGCUAGGAAAUCCUUGAAGUUGUCCUCCGUGAACAGCGUCUUGUCCUCGGUGGCUCCCGUGAGACGAUCGGACUCGUCGUAGAGGCAAACUUUGAUCGUCACGCCUGGAAGAGCAUUGUCAUUGAGAAGAUCAUCGCGAAUGAUGAUAGCUACCUUCGUCCAGGUUGAGAAUGUAGCUUCCCAAUGGCAUGUCGCGAUCGAUGCUCCACACGACGCCGUCUUCGUCCUCGAGCCAGAACGCUCGUUUGGUUCUCAGCCGGAAAGCAGCCUUGAUCGCCUCUCGGAUUGAAUCCGGCGAGCCAUCGAUCCCUACGCGCCUCGUCACGCUGUUGUAUCGGAUAGUUAUGAUCUUUCCAGCGGGCAACGAGCUGCGCUGUGCUCCUCCCGCUACGUAGAGCUUUCCAAGAGUGAGAAGAAGAAAAGAAUCAAACAAGAAAACGCAAACCUUCUUUCCAGUU